GAUUUCCUGUGUCUAAGCAUGGCCCCAGGCUCCCACAGCUGCCAGGGCACUACUCCUGGGCUCAGGGUUAGUGAGCUUCCCAAGCCAAGGAGGUGCUGCCAGCCCUGCAGGACCCUGCCACUGGGGACCCUGUGCCCCUGGGCUCCAGCCACCUGGCUCCCUCCAGGCCCUGGCAUCUGUCACAGGGUCAGCCAGGCCCAGGCCUUGGGGACCCAGCAGCCCUGAGAAUGGAGAGGAGGGAUCAGGAGCCUGCACUGGAGCCGUGCAGAGGUUGAGGGGCCGGGUGGUGGCUCAGCUCUGGGUACCUGGCCAUUGUCCUAGGCUGGCCCUGCCUCUGCGCAGGCAAGCUAGUCAGGUCUCCACUGGCUUCAGCAACUUGGGCUCCAGAGGAUCCGCUCAGGAGAGAGGUUCUAGGCUCCGCAGGACGCAGAGGGCGGGAGUCUGGGCCUUUCCUGUCCAGGCAGCAUGAGGUGGCACAGGCAGGCGAGAGCAUGAGGGAAUGCUGACUGUCUGGGGUGCUUCCCGGAGCACUUCCGCCUGCCCAGGUAUUUGGCUGGACCGGCUCUUCUGGCUCGCCAGGCUCAGACUGGGCAGUACCUGCUGUGUUGCUGGGUGAGGUGACAGUGGGGAUUUGGGGCAGAGGCCUAGUCAGGCUGGUCUUGGGGAGCAUGAGGUUUGGAGAUACAGACCCACAUACACACGGCAGAACACACACCGGGCCCCAGGUACCCACAGGUCACCACUUCUCAGCUGUGCGCUUCCUAGGUGCCAGGACCCAGGAACCCUGUGGCCCAGCAUUGCAGGGAGGGAACAUCUCAGAAGGGCAUGGCAGUCACCUGCAAGAGCACCCAGGAGGCGCAGUUCCUCGCCUCAUCUGCCCCACCCCAGGGCUGCCCAGCGCUCAGAGGCAGUGACAGCUCUCCCAGUCAUCCCCAUCCCCAGAAUGGCUGGCUGGGUCGGAAUGCAGUGGGGACAGCCCAGCCCCUGGCCCCAGGCCCAGCCUGGACCAGACAGACUGCUUCUUUAGGGCUGAAUCAGGCAAGGCUCAGCUCAGGGCUGGGCCUAGACUUCUGGACCCUGCUGGGGCUUCCUCAGGGCUGUCCACACCUGCCUGGGGUGUGUGUCCCCCGCCCCCCCAUCCAGAGAGAUUGGAGAUCAAGGUCAAGGGCCCUUCUCCCCCUCCCCUUGCAGAUCCACCGUUGCCUGGGAAUCUCCCCACUUCCCCAGGGCCCUGGUGGGCAGAGCCAGACCCAGACACUAAGCUUCGGGCUGGCCACUCACCGCCAGCAGCCUGGGCAGGGAGGCCCUUCACAAGCCCCCAGCAGCACCACGCCUGGGGACACCUCUGUGUGGCUCCCCAACACCCCCGCACACAGAGCACAUGCUCACACACGCAUGCUCCACCACGCCUGUUCCUGGGCCUGCCCAGGGCCUGCUUCUAGGUCAGGCUGGGCGCGACUUCUCGGGAGGACCAGUGGCAGGUGCUGCAGGCUGGGCGCGGCUGAGCAGCUCAGCGUGUGCGGUGGCCAUGGCUGGGGGAGUGUGGGGCCGGGCCCAGGGAGCCCCUGUGGGGGCCCUAACCCUGACAGCUCUGGCUGAAGGGAUCCGGGCCAGCCGGGGGCAGCCCCUGGGACCCCCUUCCACGGGCCCUCUGCCAGAACCUGAGGCAGAGCCUCAGAGUGCAGCCAGCAUCCCCACGGCCGGCAGUGAGCCCUGCUCCCCACCCAGCAUGCAAGAGGCAGCCCCUGGGGAACCCCAUCAGGCCCCUCAGAGUUCCCAAGAGGAAGGGGCCCUCACCGACCUGGCAUUGUACACAGCUGCCUGCUUGGAAGAGGCUGGCUUUGCAGGGACCCAGGCAACAGCGCUCACCCUGUCCUCAGCCUUGGAGGCCCGAGGGGAGCGGCUGGAGGACCAGGUGCGUGCCCUGGUGCGCAGGUUGCUGGCGCAGGUGCCCAGCCUGGCCGAGGGGAGGCCCCGGCGGGUGGCCCUGCGGGUGCUGAGCGCACUGGCCCUGGAGCACGCACGGGACGUGGUAUGCGCGCUGCUGCCGUGCUCCAUGCCCCCGGACCGGGCGGCAGCAGAGCUGUGGCGCAGCCUGAGCCAGAACCAGCACGUGAAUGGGCGGGUGCUGGUGCAGCUGCUGUGGACGCUCAAGGGUGCCGCUGGGCCCGAGCUGGAGGCACUGGCUGCCACUCGCGCCCUUGGGGAGAUGCUGACUGUGUCUGGCUGCGUGGGCGCCACGCGGGGCUUCUACCCAAAGCUCCUGCUCGUGCUGGUCACACAUUUGCACCAGCUGGCGCAGGGAGUGCACUCCCCUGACACCCCCAAGGUUUGGGCCCCAUCCCACCACGGACCACCGCACAGCCAUGCUAGCUGCGCCGUGGAGGCCUUGAAGGCCCUGUUCACUGGGGAUGGCGGCCGCAUGGUAGUCACGUGCAUGGAGCAGGCUGGAGGCUGGAAGAGGCUGGUGGGAGCCCACACCCACCUGGAGGGCGUCCUGCUGCUGGCCAGUGCCAUGGUGGCGCACGCCGACCACCACCUGAGAGGCCUGUUCGCUGACUUGCUUCCCCAGCUGCGCAGCGCCAACGACACGCAGCGUCUCACGGCUAUGGCCUUCUUUACAGGACUGUUGCAGAGCCGCCCCACCGCACGGCUCCUGCAGGAGGAGGUCAUCCUGGAGCGGCUCCGCGCCUGGCAGGGCGACCCUGAGCCCACCGUGCGCUGGCUCGGCCUGCUCGGCCUCAGCCACCUCGCGCUGAACCGCGAGAAGGUGCGGCACGUGGUCACGCUGCUGCCCGCGCUCCUGGGCGCGCUCGGCGAGGGCGACGCGCGGCUCGUGGGCAGUGCGCUGGGCGCGCUGCGCAGGCUCCUGGGGCGGCCGCGGGCGCCGAUUCGGCGCCUGAGCGCGGAGCUGGCGCCGCGCCUUCCGCCGCUGCUGGACGAUGCCCGGGACUCGAUCCGCGCCUCGGCGGUCGGGCUCCUCGGGACGCUGGUGCGGCAGGGCCGGGGCGGGCUCCGGGUGGGGCUCCACGGACCUCUACGGAAGCUGGUGCUGCAGAGUCUCGUGCCGCUGCUGUUGCGCCUGCACGAUCCCAGCCAGGACACCGCUGAGAGCUCGGAGUGGACUCUGGCCCGCUGUGAUCAGGCCCUGCGCUGGGACCUACUGGAGGAGAUGGUCACUGUGGCCCACUACAACAGCCCUGAGGCCCUAAGCCGCAUCUGCCGCUGCCUGGUUCAGUGGUACCCCAGUCGCAUGCCCAGCUUCCUGAGCCAGACCCAGGGCUACCUGAGGAGCCCGCAGGUCCCCCUGCGCCGGGCAGCUGUGGUUCUUAUAGGCUUCCUUAUCCAUCACUCCAGCCCCAGCCAUGUCGGCCAGGACCUGCUGGACUCCCUAUUCCAGGACUUGGGGCAGCUGCAGAGCGACCCAGAGCCGGCUGUGGUUGCUGCAGCGCAUGUGUCCGCCCAGCAGGUGGCGCUGCUGGCCCACAUGCAAAGCCGUCCCUGCGGCCUGCGCCUCUCCCCCCUCAGCUGGAAACACGGCCACCCCACCAGGCCCUUGCCGGUCUAUGCAGACAGCCCCUUCCAGCGGCGGAGUCUCGCAGGCCGCUGGUGCUGUUCAGGACCCAGCUGAGCCUGACCCCAUGCUCACCCACAUGGGUCUGAGUUGGGCACCCCACCACACUGUGGCCAGUCCUGGUAGGGGCAUAUCUCCAGAAGAUGCUCCCAUGAGGGGCACCCUGGGCCUGGUGCUGGACGCUGGUGCCUGCCCCCCUGGAGUCCCCUCUACACAAGGCCUGGUGUGCACAGUGACUGCUUUCCAGGAGCUCACCACCACGACAGCCGCCUGACCUAGAGAGAUGGCAGCGCCUUGCAUCUGAGCACCAUUUCACCCUCAGCCCCUUGCCUCUUGCACCCCUGGGUCCAUUUGUUCCUCCUCAGACCUGUUGCUCUCCCAGCCCCUGGAGUGUGCCCUUCCCCCCAACCUGGGUCUCGUGGGGGACACUGGGACACAGCCCUGUAAGCUGGUGCCAUGAUAGGCCACCCACUUCUUGGGCCUCCAGCCCCAGCCUGGCCCAGGCUCCCCUGCCUGUCAGGGCCCUCCUGCCUCCCUGCCUCACGUGCCCCACUCCUUUCCAGCCCAUGUCCUGGCCUGAGGUUCUAAGGUUCCUCUCUGCUCAAGAGGCAUUGAUCUGUCUUCCUGUCCACGCCUGUGGCCCCACUGCCUGGCACCAUUCCUGCAUGCCUCCCUCCUGCUCAUGGCGUCAGACUCCCCUGAGCCUUCUUUGGAAGGUGUCCCCUGACCUCCCCACUGGACACCACAGGCCUGGGAUUAUGCCUGUGGUUCAGGUGCGGGUGCCAGCAUCUGCACCCCACCAGACUGAGCCCUCGAUCUGGCACCCCAGCGCCCUGCACAGGGUUGAGUGAGGAAGGUGUGACUGUGGGGAAGAGGCCCCUCUGGAAGCCUCCGAAGCUGUGACCGUGACCGCGCCCCUCCAGGCCCCGGCCUGGGCGGGUUCCUCCACCUGGAAUGCCCACCUUGAAAUGUCCUCUUGCCUUUCAAGGCCCACCCCCCAAAGCUGCCUCCUUAGAGAGGCCUCAACUCACACAGCCUCUUGUAGGGCUCCGGGCAGUCCUCCCAGACUGGGGACCCCUCGGAGGCAGGCACAGGGUCCUGCCCACCUACUAUAGAAAGUGUUUAAAAUAAAAUAAACACACGUGGAGCCAAGGGGUCUGGCAUCUGUCUGGAGCCUGUGUCUGGGCUGAGGAUAUGCUUCUGAUUAGCUGGCCUGGUCCAAAAUCAGGGUCAGGCUGAGAUUCUAGAUAAGGCGGCGCAUAGCCAGGACUAAGGGCCAGCCCGGGGUCGGGGUCAGAGGUCGGGCAAGUUCAGGGUGCAGGCUUGCGGCCAGGGUCAGGCAGGGUUUACCCUGAGACAAA